UGGCUUGGCAGACGAGAAGCGAACGCACCGUGAGGUGACAUCUUUAGCUUCGUUCGAUUUACCUGCACCUCUUGCACCGCUGCAGAAAAGUGUUGAGAAAAGUAGAAAAAUCGACGAGAAAAGUUUGGAUCUGUACAAUUCCGAGUAGACAGCCUUACACUUGUCUGGUGGACACAGUGCGUGUGUCACUAAUCUCUAUGGCGUGUGUCAACCAGGCUAGGUGGCGCAUAGUACCGGUACCGCCCGUUACAGAAGGCAUAGCCAAUAUUAUUUAUCCAUCCAUUUAUCCACGUGACGUAAAAUCCACCGCCUGCCGUUAUGGAAGGAACGAACGCACCAUAUUCCUGCAUGGCGGCGUCAAAAUCCAUGUGCUUGCGCAUCGUUGCAUCGUUUUCGCGUUCUGAUUUUUAAGGACGUGCUACGUGCUAUUCAUAUCAAUCGCCGAACGCAGACAGUCAUGACGGGCGACGACGCCGGAGCGCCGCCGACGGUCAUGUUCCACGAGAUGGGCCUGGACGAUCGGCUCCUCAAGGCGAUCGCCAAGUUGGGCUGGACGAAACCCACUCCGAUCCAGGAGAAGGCGAUCCCGCUGAUCCUCGAGGGCAAGGACGUGCUCGCCAGGGCCCGGACGGGCUCCGGCAAGACCGGCGGAUUCGCCGUGCCGCUGGUCCAGAAGUUGCUCCACGCCAAAUCCACGGGGGAGGAACUCUCCCCCGUCGUCCGAGCCCUGGUGCUGGCGCCGAGCAAGGAGCUCUGCCACCAGAUCCACCGGAACCUGGUCCAGCUGACGUCGUCGUGCUCGGACUCUGUGCGCUGCGUCGACGUCUCCGGGCAGGUGGACCUGGCGGCCCAGCGGCCGCUGCUGGCCGAGCAGCCGGACGUGGUGGUGGGCACGCCGGCCAGGGUGCUGGCCCACCUGCAGGCCAGGAACCUGGACCUCAAGGCGGGGCUGGAGCUCCUGGUGGUGGACGAGGCAGACCUGGUGUUCUCGUACGGCCACGAGGAGGACGUGCACGAGAUCCUGCGCCGCCUGCCGCCCAUCUGCCAGACUAUCCUCACCUCUGCCACCCUCAGUCCAGAGGUGAUGGACCUGAAGCGCGUCGCACUCCGGAACCCGGUGACGCUCAAGUUGGAGGACGUGCCACAGACGGAGCAGCUGGCCCAGUAUGUGAUCCGCUGCGAGGAAGACGACAAGUUUGCCCUCCUCUGCGCCCUGUUCAAGCUCCGCCUGAUCCGUGGCAAGACGCUCAUCUUCGUCAGCACGGUUGACCGUUGCUUCGUCGUCAAACUGUUCCUCGAACAGUUCGGCAUCCGCGCCUGUGUCCUCAACUCGGAGCUCCCGGUCAGCUCCCGCUGCUUCAUCGUAAACCAGUUCAACGAGGGACGCUACGAGAUUGUUGUCGCGUCCGACGAGAAACUGGACGCGCCCAAGACCGCCGAAGCCGGCGCCACCAAGGCCAAGAAGCCGAAGUCGUCGCGGAAACAAGACCGCGAGUAUGGCGUAUGCCGGGGACUCGACUUUCAGUUCGUCACCAACGUCAUCAACUUGGACUUCCCGACGUCUGUGGCAGCCUACGUCCACCGGGUGGGGCGCACGGCGCGCGGCGACAACCGCGGCACCGCGCUCAAUCUGGUCAAGAACCGCGAGGCCAAGCUGCUGGAGGCAGUGCAGAAGGAGCUUCCGGAGGCAGUCUUUCGGCCCUACCAGUUCAAGAUGGAGGAGAUAGAAGGCUUCCGGUACCGCAGCAAGGACGCACUGCGGGCCGUGACGCGCAUCGCGGUCCGCGAGGCCAGGCUAAAGGAGAUCAAGACUGAGAUCCUGACGUCGCAGAAGCUCAAAUCGUACUUCGAGGAGAACCCGAGGGAGCGUCAGCUGCUGCGGCAUGACAAGGCACUGCACGUCAUCAAGCACCAGCCACACCUCAAGCACGUGCCGGAGUACAUCGUUCCGCCAACGUUGCAGAAGGCCGUCCGCGCGGGCACCAAGAGGAGAGGUCACGCGAUGGACGACGGGGAGAUGGCACGUGGCGCUCCGACGCCGUGCGGGAAUCGGAUCGGCGUCAAGAAGGGCAAGAGGGCGUCUUCAGCAGCAAAGAGGGACAAGCGGAAGAACAAGGAUCCGCUGCAAAGCUUCAGCUUUGACGAUUAGAACUGGAUAGGUUUCAGAGACUGACGCUGCUUCUUCCUCGGUUGAAAGGGUGCCGGGGUGCCAUUUUCGAUUGCAUUAAAAUGGCGUGCUGCCCGGGCAGGAAGCAAGCUGUGAGAAAUUACAUAUGCUGUACACUUGUUCUCUUAAAGAUCAUGAAACGAUUUUUCAA